AUGUCCCUAUUUUCAUGCUCAGCACUCUUCUUAACGAAAGAUAGUUAAUUUCAAGAAGUAAUUAUUACAACUCAUUAUGGCUCUUUGUAAAUAGCAGUACUAUUAUUUAUAUAUUGUAUUUAGACAAAAUAUGGAAAUGAGCAAUUAGUUUAUUUACCCUAAAAUUCUAUGGAUACAAUACUUUGUUUUGCUAGAAAAAUUGAUGAAAGUAAUAUAUGUUUUUCAUUAAUAGUUAAAUAAAUGGGCACUCUAGAUCUUAAUAAUCCAGAAACAUAAAUUAAUGUCACUUUCCUCCUUAGUAUGAAGAAUAUAGAAUAAUUAUCUCUUAGAUUAAAAGGAAGAUAAAUUUUCUAGGCUUCUUCUAAUUAUAUUGUAUUAGAAAAAUUGGCUCCUGGAGUAAGUAAGGAAAAGAUAUUUAUAUUAGAACUUAUUUCAACACUUUAAAGAAUUUCGGUUGAAAAGAAGGCUAAAUUUCUAUCAUAAGAUCCAUUGAGUAGUAGCAGAUUGGUAUUUAAUAAUCUAAUAAUGACAGGGACAAUUAAAAUAAGAGGCAGACAUUUUACGACUGUUAAAUAAUAACUCUCAUAAAAAUGUAAUUUAAUUGGAAGAAAUCCUAACAGAUUAUAAGUCAGUUUCAAUUAUUUUAGAGUAUUGUAGAGGAGGAGAUUUAUUAAAAUUACUCUAUAAGAAAAGUAUUUAAAUUGAUGUUCCACUUUUAAUGUUUAAUCUCCUUUCUGGUAAUUCAUAAUAUUCAAUGAAUUAAGGUUUAAAACAUCUUCAUGAUUUGGAUAUCGUUCAUAGAGAUAUUAAGCUAUAGAAUAUCUUAUUUAAAGACUGUUAGAAAAUGGACACUUUGAAAAUAUCUGAUUUUGGCUUUGCAUGUAAGAAAUCAGAAAUCCUAUACAUAAAUCCAAGGUAUUUAUUUAAUAAAUCACUAUAGAUGUGGAACUCCUGGAUAUACAGCUCCUGAAGUAUUUAGUUAACCAUGUAAAUAUGAUGAAAAAGUUGAUAUUUAUAGUGCAGGGAUUGUAUUUUAUAAUAUGUAUAUCUAUGAAUGAAGCUUAGUUUAACAUUCAAAAAUCCAUUUGGAAACUUAGAAAAUAUUUCUGAUUUAAUUAAACUUAACAUUAAUGGAGACUAUAAUGAGACUCAUCUUGAAAAUACUAAGUUAAAUAAUCCUCUAGCUUAUGAUUUACUAACUUAAAUGCUUUAAAAAGAAUCAAAUAAUAGAAUCAGUGCUUAUGAAUGUCUUAAUCAUCCAUAUUUUAAAAGUCAUCAAAAAGGUGAUUUUAUUAAAGAAAUGAUUUAAAUAAAAAGAAAAUUUAAAAAAUAGAAGGCAAUUAAUAAAAGAACGAAAAAAGAAAUGGUUACUUAUAAAUGA